AUGUUCCUCUUCCUGGCAUGCAUUGCCUUAGCGCGCGUUGCAAAUGCGCAACGCGUUUUUGCCCAUUUCAUGGCACAAAACUCUUAUUCAUACGCCGAAAGUGAUUGGACGAAUGAUAUGACAACCGCUCAGAAUAUUGGCAUCGAUGGCUUUGCAUUGAACAUUGCCGCAAACGACUAUGAAGUUGACAGAAUCGUCGAUGCAUAUUCAGCUGCGGAAUCUUUAGGCUUCAAGCUCUUCUAUUCUUUUGAUAUGUCAUACACUUGGCAGCAGAGCGAUAUGGUCAAUAUCGUUGCCAAUCACUCGUCGAGUCCAAGUACAUUUCUCUGGAAAAAUACUAUACUUGUAUCGACAUAUUCAGGGGAGAGUUAUGGAGAAGACUUCUGGGCUAGCUUCAAGAGCGCACUUAAGAGCCAAGGCAUCGACAUCACACUUGCACCCGCGUUCACAACUUACCGUGACCCUUCGAAUGCUACUUCACUCGUGUCUACGUUCCCCUCAAUUGGUGGGUUCUUCAAUUGGUGGUCCUGGCCUGCCGAUGUUCAUGAAAACUUAACGACAGCUACAGAUUUAGCCUACAAAUCAGCUGUCUCGUCGCUCAGUGGACCGUACAUUAUGUCUGUCUCGCCUUGGCAGUUUAAGAACCUCGAUGGCGCUGGUGAUUGGGUAGAAUACAGUGACACUCUCUGGAACUACCGCUGGCAGCAAGCCCUGAAUGACGUGAAACCUGAUAUCGUCGAAAUCAUAAGUUGGAACGAUUAUGCCGAAUCCCAUUACAUCGGUGAUAUCAAUCCAAAUGUGUACCUUGGGACACAAGCCCCACUUUACGUCGAUGGUUUCAUACAUGCUGCUUGGCGAGAUGUAGCUCAGUACUAUAUUUCAUGGUUCAAGACUGGUUCUGCACCGACCAUUACGAAAGAUGAAGUCGUCUUCUGGUAUCGUGCAUGGCCGAAAGCCGUUAGUUGCAGUACUGGAUCUCUACCACGCAAUGCUGCAUACCCUGAGGACGCCGUUUUUGCACUCGCGAUGCUCAAAGACACUGCAACUAUCACGCUUGCCAUAGGUAGCAAUACGGUAAAUUUCACCGCUGGUCCGGGUGUGACCAUGGGUUCUGUACCAUUCCCUACAGAGGAUUCACAGAUACCCUAUAUCGCGAUCAACAAAGAUGGCACAACAGUUGUCGACACCCAUGGCUCGAUGUAUGUUAAUCAAAGCGGAUGUACGUACUACAAUUUCAAUCCUUUCGUUGGGAGCGUUGCAGAGUGA